AUGGCCAACUCCGAGACUGUCUUCCAACAAAACUACCUUCCCGAAGCACUCCGAAAAGAAGUAAUGCCGAUCAUAUUUGGUAUAGAAACGGCAGGGAUACGCGACGAGCUUUACGAAAUAUUACGGAGCGCGACUUUAAAGAGGGACGAGAAUGCUCCGAUAUACCCGACCGUUGACGAGGUGAAGAGAGCUACAAAGCAUCUUUAUGUUCAGGAGGUGAAGAACGAGUACGACGAAAUACGGGAAUGUAAAGGAUGGGGCCAUAGGGAUUCGACACGGGCUCGUAAUACGUACAUGAACCAGGUGGAUAGACGAAGGGCCCUUGGGCAAUCAACUAACGACUUAUCUACGCCAACGGCAACGGUCGCUACGUAUAUUGGCCGCUUCCUUCGCGAGAAAGAUCUGGGAGGAUACCGGCGAGCCCGGGUCUUUUCACAGCUACUUCUUGCGUACCUGGGAAACCGGGGUACUGAGGUGGAGACCAUUAUGAGCUCGUUGGGAGAUAAUAAGACGCAGGACGUCGCCAAACAGACCGAGCGCUGGCAAUGCCUAUUCUGUCUAAAAUCUUUUACCUUCCGCGGCGGCUUGACAAGGCACAACGAGAACGAUCAUUUCAGUAAAGGUGCCUUCGACCGUCCCUUUCCGUGUGGCGAGUGCGACCGUCAAGGAAAGAUGCACGUCGUGGACGGGGCAGAGCACUGGAGCAACCAUGUGGAGACGUGCCACGGUCGUAAGUACACGCCGAUGCCGCCACGGCACAGGAAGGAGGUCAGACCAGCCGAGCGAAAGCCCGCUAAAGAAAGGUCCGCCCGUUGCUUCUUCUGUGAAAACAUGUUCUUUGAAGGAAGCAGCCACUCGCGACACCUCAACAAAGAGCAUGGGAGUAUCUUUCAGGAGCCCUUCGCAUGCUUCGAAUGUGGGAGACAAGGACGAAAGGCUAUAAUCGAGAGCCGGGCAGCUUGGAUGGACCAUACCGCGGAUGUGCAUAAACGCGAUGGACAGACAAUGGCCAAGGUUCCCGAGCAGGCGGGAAUCCUCGGCGUUUAG